AUGUUUCCAUGGCUAGCCUUCGGACACUUAAUCCCAAGCCUUGAACUUGCCAAGCUCAUUGUUCAAAAGGGUCAUCAUAUUAGUUUCGUGUCCACCCCAAGAAACAUAGAGUGUCUUCCCAAAUUGUCCCCAAACUUAGCUUCAUUCAUCAAAUUUGUGAAGCUUACACUGCCCAAAGUGGACAACCUUCCAGAAAACGUUGAAGCCACCAUUGAUGUCCCUUAUGAUGUCGUUCAGUAUCUCAAAAAAGCCUACGAUGAUUUGGAAGAACCCUUGACCUGUUUUCUCAAAUCUUCCAAAGUUGAUUGGCAUUUCUAUGACCUAAUUCUCUUCUGGGCAAGUACUUUGGCUUCUAAACUUGGUAUAAAGAGUUCCUUUUACAACAUCUGUACUUCACCAUGUGUGGGCUUCAUCGUACCCCCUUCAGUUCUCAUGGGUGAUGAUCCCGUCAGAGCAAAAAUCAAAGACUUCAUAGUUCCUCCGUCGUGGAUCUCUUUUUCGACAAUUGUGGCAUAUUGA